GGGUAAAUACAAUAUUGUCUUGUCGAUUACCAUCGUUAAUUUUGGCCAGAGUAGUUGGUUACAAUCUGGAUAAUUAUAUAUUUUAAAACUUCAAGUACACAAUAAAAACCAGGUUGUUUUGCAUAAAAAGUGUUGCAAAAUGGAUUUAAGAUAGUGGAAAUUGGCAUGUAAUUGAAUUUGUGAAGAAGUUUUCAUGUUACUUGCAUCACAGUAAAUUGUAUAUAUUAGCUUGAAAAGCUGAUUUAAAGACGAAAUCUAUAAAUGAGCAGCUUACAUUAAGCGUGUCUUACAAUGAAUCCUUCCGAGUUGCGUAUGAUGUGGAUGAGUCAUUAUAAUCCAGAACGCAUCACAGUGGAGGACGCACCUUCAUUCUUUGGACAUCCAUCAGUGGGACUUUCUGUAAUGGAUGAUUUAGCUUCACAUCAACAAACAAUGGACUUGAAUCCAAUGAUGAGCAUUGUUGGGGGGGAUUUUAGUGGUCAGGCGGCAGCAGCAGCAGCGGCGGCGGCUGCAUUAGGCGUACAACCAACAGCUCUAAUUGCGGCAAACUCGAAUGACAUUUACGGUCUGGCACAAGUUGGCGGUUUGCACCAGCAAUUGCUUCAACAAUCCGCAGCAGCCGUUUUUCAAAAUUACACAGAGGUCAUUGAUGAUGAUGAUGCUACCGGCGGAGUUGUUAUAAGUGGUGGCAGUGGUGGUUGUAGCAAUGUCAGCAUUAUAGAUAAGUCUUUAGCCACACAAUUUGUGCAUAGCGAUGAGCCACAACCUAUAUACGAUCAGUUGGAGGAUGGCGGCUACGAUGAUGGCCUGGCACCAAAACAGGAAAUUAUCAAUAUUGAUGAUUUUGUUAUGAUGACUGACUCCAAUUCGUACGAUGGUACAGAGUUCAUGACUGAUGAGAGAGAUAUGGCCGAAGGUAGUAGUGGUGGCGUUGAUAUUGCUCAUGCACAUGGCAUGGAUGAAAAUGGUGUAUUGGUGCCAUUGGACAGUGCGCACAAAUUAAUGGGCGAUAGUGGCGAUGAUUUGUUGGUGCCCGCCUCCACAUCCGCCGCAUUACAGGCAGCAACGUCAACCUCAUCAAGGGGAAUUGGUGGUGGUGUUGGAGGACCAGGGCACCAUCGCUCAUCGCAACGUAAGACCCGCAAAAUUGAGCCGGUCAACAGACCAGGACUGGUGCUGAAGACACCAAUAGCAUAUAAGGGGAACAUAGAUCCAUCGGUUAUACCAAUUCAAAAAGAUGGCAUGGCCGUCUGUGAGCGCUGCGGUGCCAUCGGUGUAAAGCACACAUUCUAUACUAAAUCUCGGCGAUUUUGCAGCAUGUCCUGUGCACGUGGUGAACUUUAUUCUUUGGUAGUAAACAACACAAAAAUGGCUGGUGGGGCGCAGCAACAACAGACAAUUUCUAAUUCACCUGUACAUGACAAUGUUGAUGGCGCUACUUGCAGUAACAAUGGUAAUAGCAACGACACACAACAACAACACGACACUCAACGCCAACAAUCCGAUAUUGAGUUGGCGUUACGUGUUGCUCAUAUUAAGAAUUCGAAUUAUCGUUUUCGCAUCACAGACCAAUCGAAAAUUACCCAAAUCAAUGGUUUUGGCGAGCCAAUCAUGUCCACCGAAUUGACAGGGAUGGAUGACACUGGGGGACUAACAGCACUAAAUAGUGAGGAUGGAGCUUUGAGUUUAAGUGCGGCCGGUUUGGUUGCUACGCCAAAGGCUCUCCAAAUGUAUCGGGAUGUUUUGCCACAAGAGGACCUGCCACAAAUACCGAAAUUCGAACGUCUGCCCGUUUCGUGCCCGCAAAUGGAAAAGAUUAUUAGUAUACGUCGGCGCAUGUACGAUCCGACGCACUCAUUCGAUUGGACACAGCGUUUGUCACAUGCCAAUUUUUUUGCUGCCCCUGUUACUUGCUUCCCACAUGCACCUGGCUAUGAGGUGUGGGACAGCAUCGGAAUUGACAUGAAGGUGGAAGUGGAGAACACGGAUUGUGAUACCACGGAGGUGAUACAGCCGGGGCAGACGCCACAUUCAUUUUGGGUUGCGACCAUCUUAAAUAUUUGCGGGUACAAAGCAUUAAUGCGAUACGAAGGCUUUGAUGAGCCGACGCAUGAUUUCUGGGUAAAUCUCUGCAAUGCAGAAGUGCAUUCGGUCGGUUGGUGUGCGACGCGCGGCAAACCUCUUAUACCGCCGCGCACUAUAGAGAAUAAAUACAAGGAUUGGAAGGAUUUUCUUGUCGAACGUUUGUCUGGCGCGCGUACACUGCCGUCCAGUUUUUAUAAUAAAAUCAAUGACAGCAUGCAGUCUCGUUUCCGGCUGAGCUUGAAUUUGGAAUGUGUAGACAAAGAUCGAAUCUCACAAGUUCGCCUAGCAACGGUGACCAAAAUUGUAGGUAAACGCCUGUUCUUGCGAUACUUUGAUUCGGAUGACGGAUUUUGGUGUCACGAGGAUUCUCCUAUAAUACAUCCCGUUGGCUGGGCGACCACAGUAGGACAUAAUUUGGCCGCACCGCAGGACUACUUGGAGCGAAUGCUGGCGGGUCGUGAAGCGAUGAUUGAAGUGCAUGAAGAUGACGCUACAAUUGAGCUUUUCAAAAUGAAUUUCACUUUCGAAGAAUAUUAUAUGGAUGGCAAAGGGAAUGGUUUUGUUGAAGGCAUGAAAUUGGAGGCUGUCGAUCCGCUUAACCUUUCUUCAAUUUGUGCUGCUACUGUAAUGGCCGUCCUAAAGUUUGGUUACAUAAUGAUACGCAUCGAUUCAUAUCAACCAGAUGCAACUGGGUCAGAUUGGUUUUGUUAUCACGAGAAGUCGCCCAGCAUAUUUCCAGUAGGCUUCUGUGCAUCCAACUCCAUCACAUUAACGCCGCCCAAUGGGUAUGAUGUGAACACCUUUAGCUGGGAAACGUAUUUGCAGGAAACAGGUAGCAUUGCAGCUGGUCAACAUUUGUUUCACCGCAUUGUGCCCAAUCAUGGUUUUGAGGUCGGUAUGAGUCUUGAGUGUGCUGAUCUCAUGGAUCCGCGUUUGGUAUGUGUGGCGACAGUGGCACGCGUAGUUGGACGUUUGCUCAAAAUACACUUCGAUGGUUGGACCGAUGAGUACGACCAAUGGCUAGAUUGCGAAUCGCCAGAUGUAUAUCCGGUUGGCUGGUGCGUGCUAGUCAAUCACAAGCUUGAGGGUCCACCCGUUACAGUACAAUCAACAGCCAAGACGAACACGAAAGCGAAAAGUCCGAAGAAACGCAAGAAAAAAUCAAAUUUAAAAGGGGAAAAUUCAAAUAUAGCAAAACCGCGUACGAUUGCUUUGAAAACGAAUCCACACCUUCCAAAAUUGAGCAUUAAGCUGGAACUUAAACCGGAACAUCAUAAUGCCGCCUUCUACGAAGAUAACCACGAAGAUGACGACGAUGAUAUUGAAUAUGAGGAAGACAGUACGAGUCAUCGUUCUGGCCAAUCCACUCCAUUAUCACAUAAUGAUGGCAGUCAACAGGCGUUAAUCGAGAAGGCAACGGCAGUACAGCAAGUGCUAGCGACUCAACCGCCAGCGCCAACGCGAUGUGCAAAUGCAGUUGUAAAAAAAUCGGUGUCACCAGCACCGCCCGUUGUAGGACGCAAGGCUACCAGUUAUAUUGGGAACUCCUCCGUUUGCAAUAGCAAAUACAUUCCGCGUCUCAUUGAAUCAUCCUCGAAUGACAACAAUAGCAGCAGCAGUAGCACCAACAAUAAUAGUCAAAACGCGGAUCCGCACGCUGACCUCAUACCCGACACAUGGAAUGUCUACGAUGUGUCGCAGUUUUUGCGCGUCAAUGAUUGCACGGCGCACUGUGACACAUUUUUACGGAACAAGAUUGAUGGUAAACGUUUGCUCCAACUUUCCAAGGAUGAAAUAAUUACGUUGCUUGGUAUGAAGGUGGGUCCCGCGCUAAAGAUCUCCGAUUUGAUACAACAGCUGAAGUGCAGAGUUAACCCGGGCAAGUCCAGGUUGCAUAAGGCAAACAAAACGUUUUUAUAGUGCCUUUUGAAGCGACCGCAUCAGUUAUUAUCAUCAAAACCACCCAAGCCAAUAUUUCGGCCUAAGCUCUCUUCACAUAGAAACUCGUCACAAUACUGCAAAGUAUUUAAUAUAAACACAAUAACCACUAUAUGAUUACCUUAUCAUGUGAGAGUGCCUCCAAUGUAUGCUGAAAUCAAUUUAAAUAUGCUAUCAGUGAGAAAACAAAGAAUUCAUAAUUGAUUAAACGAGACGGGUUAGCUGACACUGACUAUUGAUUUAUAAUAGAACUAUACGUUUUUGAGUUUUAGUUAAGAAGAAAUAAGCUGAAAUAGCCAACUGUACGAAAAAAAGCACUAAAAAGAAAAAAACAGAAAAAAGAAGAAAAACAAGGAAAUCCCAACAAGGAAGAAAUGAAAAUAUAUGUAUGUUUAAUUACAGUUUUCUUUUCUGACGUAGAGUAGAUACUUACUUUAUAAAAUUUUCACUUCAUAUAUAUUUUUAAUACCUAGUACACCGUAGUACAGUAACUCUAUUUUAGCUAAACACAUGACGAUACAGUUUGUCUUAUAUAUAAUUGUAUGCAAUUUUUUCUGUUCAAGAGAAAACGAAGUAAAUUAAAAAAAUUUAGCACAUCCGUAGACUGAAAAAUAAUGAUGAAAAGAAAAUAGCAAGCACACCUUAUUGCGCUAACAACAAAAUCACAAUCAAUGAACUUUACACUACAUAACAUUUUCUAAUGUUAGGCAUAAUACGAGUAGACCUCGUAACACAAAAUAACAACAACCACGCAAUAUAAAUGCCUUUUCUUUAUAAAAUCAACUGGAUAAAUAUUUUACAAAGAAAUUGAUUCUUUAAAACCUCAAAUACAAAAUUCGUUGGACCGAAACCAACGCCCAACAACAUAAUAUAUUGAAGAUGCACCUUUGCACA